GCCGAUGUUAUCUGUACAACCAAAAGGGAAACAGAAAGGCUGUGCUGGCUGCAACCGAAAGAUCAAGGACCGCUACCUUCUGAAGGCCUUGGAUAAAUAUUGGCAUGAAGAUUGUCUAAAAUGUGCCUGCUGUGACUGCCGUCUUGGAGAGGUUGGAUCAACUCUUUACACAAAAGCAAAUCUCAUUCUGUGCCGCAGAGAUUACCUGAGGCUCUUUGGUACCACCGGGAAUUGCGCUGCCUGCAGUAAACUGAUCCCUGCCUUUGAGAUGGUGAUGAGGGCCAGAGAUAAUGUUUACCAUUUGGACUGCUUUGCCUGCCAACUCUGCAACCAGAGAUUUUGCGUGGGAGACAAAUUUUUCCUGAAGAACAACAUGAUCUUGUGUCAGAUGGACUAUGAGGAAGGGCAACUGAAUGGAAGUUUUGAGUCCCAAGUUCAAUAACGAUCCCUGCUUUGCUGAAGCACUGUGGGAUGGACGUUCAGCCACACAAGCAGUGAGGGGCGUCUGUCAGCUUGCCUGCAAUAUUUUUUUAAUUCUUGGUCCAGAAAGGACUAUAUACAUUGUAGUACUUUUUCCUGCCCCCAACACAAAGCAGUUACAAAUUUAGAUGUACAGUUGUGCCUGCUUAGCUGAGCACUGCAUUGCCUGUAUGUUUGUGAGUUUUUUGGGGUCUGGGGAGGGCUCUGUACAGUCUGAUUUCUGUAUAUAAACUGGAACAUUUAUUUUAUGAAAAAUGUAAUGCAAUUUUAUUACUGGUGUGAAUUAAAAAUUAUGAAUGUUUCCUGGUCAUUUUAA